CCUGGCCUCUGUUUACCCAUAACCAUGUAUAGCCACCAUAUCCGUUCUUGCUAUCUAUAAAAGUUCAUGAGUUUUUGCGCCCAUGUUUGUUUGCAUUGAGUAAUAUACAUUGCUUUACCACUUUUUCACUGCCAUCUCAAGGUCAUAAAUUUUCGGUUACAAUUGUGAAUUUCUUACCAAAGUCACAGGAUUUUUUUUUUCUUUUAUGUCAGGUUAUUGUUUAGGCUCCAACAAGGUAGAGGGCCAUUGAGCAUAUGAAGAAGGAUCUCAAUGGCACCGUAAUUACAGGGGUUCCGACAAUCACUGGAUUAUACAAACUAAUUUUGGAGACUGGGAUAUUAAUGCUCUUUAAGACAAAUAUGAACCAAAAAGUAAACCUAAUUGUUUUCCAGAAACCUAAAAGGGUUUCCACUCUGUAUAACAAGACUUUAAAAAUGGCAAAGUUGAUACUGCAUUCAUACUGAAGCAUGAAUAAGAGUUAGUUGUUGUAAGAUGCCAGAGCUUAUCGUUUGGGCGCUUAUAUUUUUUUUUUCUGUUUUUUGUUUUUUGAUCUUGAUACUUCUCACUUGCGGCCACAACAAAAAAUGGUGCUAUCAAUACGGCCAAAAGAGGAAGAACUUGAAGGAUAUGGAGGGCCAUCGAAGACAGUUCCAUCUCGAACUUCUUCAAAUAAAAGUAGAGCAGCUGAAGUUUACAAAGAGUAGGUUGUCCAAUUGUUUUUCUCUUUGUACGCUCUUUGAAGAUUCUUCCAGAGAAUCUUUGAAGAAAUUAACAACAGCAAACAACACAAGUGGGCCAGCAAUCACAAAACAAAUCUAGGUAGGAGAUAAGGAGCGACCCUCUUUACAUGCAAUUUGGAUGUGAGCAUCUAUGAGGUGAUUGGCUAAGGAAAUCAGGAGCAUUUUUGCUAAUCAAACUCUAUUAAAGAAAAUUGAAAAAGAUCAGUAUGUUUGUUAUAAUUUUGUUAGACCGUAUAAGGAUGGUUUACAACCGAGAAGAGUAAGUCUCAUUCCUGUUUGGUAUGUUCUGUUUAUUCAUGCUUAAGAUACGCUGCUAAGUCCUAACUGCUGCUGGGACAGUAGUAAAAUACAACCAAAUGGAAGCAAAAGGCAACAAUGUCAAUGAUGAUAUAAAAAGAGAACCAUGCUUAGUUUUAAACUUAACCAAGGAAUGUCUCAGCCCUUGCACACCAGAACGGGAAGGAAUACACACAUAUUGGGGUCUUUAUUAUCAUCAGCCUCACAUGGAUAUUUCAGAUCUCCUAAAUAGAAUGAUAAUUAAGGAGGGUUAAUUGACUUCAGCCCGUGCCAAGCACGGGCGACACACUAGUCCAUAUAGUAAAGAGUUAAAAGAAAUAUUUAUUCCAGAAGCCUAUGGACCAGCGGGUUAUGAAAGUUGGGUAUGCAGUGUUACAUAUGGGGUUGAUUAUAAUUGCUAUAUACCGGUGAUUACAAUAUUGUGGCAGCUUCCACCUAUGGUUACGAGGGAAAUGUUCGCUAUGGUUGUCGAAUUCAGGUUUAUACAUCGGAAUCGAAUUCAUGGAAAACCUUUCCCAGACUCUUUCCUUAUAUGUGCAGUCCCCUUCAACGUGAAGUAAUAUUUGUUCGUGGAGCUUUUCACUGGAAAGGGAUGCGACUUCCAUCCGAGACAUCAUGUAUUGUUUCUUUUGGUAUCCAUGAAGAGAACUUCAACGAAGUAGUAGUCGUCCCACAAAUCUUCGAUGACUAUGCUAAUAAUGCUCCAAUGAGAUUGGGUGUUUUAGGAGGGUGCCUUUGCAUAAUACGAUCAUAUGCUGGUGUUAAUAUUGAUGUUUGGGUGAUGAAAGAUUACAAUGUGAUUGAAUCUUGGACUAAAUUGUUCGUUUUCCAGAUUCCAAAACAUAUAAUGCGCAUAGACGAUGUGAAAAUAAUAUGGGAAUUCAAGAAUGGGGAAGUUUUAUUCAUAACAACCAAGAGAACUUUUGCGACAUGCAUGUUGUGUUGUUUAGUUUUGUAUGACCCGGUGAGUCAAAUCUGUAAAGUCACCAAGAUCUGGCAUCAACCAGGGUCCCAUUGGAAUAUUGAAGCUUAUGUUGAGCGGAGUCUUGUGCCAUUCAAGUUGAACUCAACCAACGAUAACUUGAAGUUGAACUCCAAGAACAUGCUGCACACAACAAGAUCAAGAAAUUUAGAACCAUCAUUUAACAGCUUCCUGAAGGAAUUGGCACAUAUAAUUUUGCAAAAGUUGGCACAGGUAGCACCAACUUCAAUAAGUAAAUUUGCAGUUCCAUUGCUCCCGAGACUACGAACACCAGACGUCCACUCAACCAACGAGAACUUGAAGUUGAACUCCAAGAACAGCUUCUUGAAGGAAUUGGCACUUAUAAUUUUGCAAAAGUUGGCACAGGUUGCACCACCUUCAAUAAGUAAAUUUGCAGUUUCAAUGGUCCGGAGACUCCGAACACCAGAAGUUGGCCUAUUAUUGAGACCUCAAAUUUGACCCGUGACCAGAUUUGGACAAAAGUAUCCUUCCCACACCUGUCUGUCUUUGAUUUACAUUUCAUUCUCUGAAAAAUUUGUAACCGAUUUCACUAAAUGAAUAUGACAGUGACUUGCAAAUCAUAAUACAUAUUCCUGUUGUAAGGGAUCCUAUC